UUGCUGCAGCGUCAACACACUGGUGACACUGCAUGAGAUUAAAAGGCGAAAUACGUAGUUAUCAACCGUCUGCGCGUUUUAUUUGUCGCGUUUGCGACUCGCUUCGCAGACGGGAGCCACUCAUAUCUCACGUGUUCUAAUUCGGCCUCCGUAGUUUCAGAUUGUUGCAGUCGUUGCUAGGCUACCGUGACCAGUUCUUGUAAACACGCCCGAUUUUACGACGCCACGGUCCCAAGAAGUUUGAAGCCCACCAGAGAUGCCCGCUACUGACCUUUUGGCCAAGGAGGAGAAGUACAAGCUGCUAAAUGCAAAGCUGGAGGCCAAAGCGGCCAAUCUGGCAAUGCAAGCAGAUCAACUGAAGGGGAGUUUUGACACAAAUGCCACCAAAACGGAGGCUCGUCGCUGCGCUUUUACUUAACCUCAAUGUGGCUCUCGUAUCAUUAUGAGUAUUAUGAUUUUCAGAAAGAACGAGAUGAUUUUCUGUCCAAGCCUUCAACCGCGCUCCCGCUGCAGGACUUCGAGGAUGAAAAAGCAGCAAGUAACACCAAGGAUCGAGAAACACCUGUGCCGAAGCCUCGCAAGGUGGAACCCAAAAAGUCACAAACGUCGGAAGCACUAGCGCCCCAUUCUAACCCAGCAGUUUGCGGAGACGCUUUGGGAGCGGCGGGAGAUUCCGCCGAAUCCUUCGUGGCGACGACGAUAAAAAACAUAGAGGGCAGGAUGAACCAUUUGGUCCCUCACGACAACGUGUUCAGCGAUGGCGACAACGAAGGGACGGGGGUUUCUUGUGCACAAGUCCAUGCCCUGAUGGCCAAUAUCAAGAUGAUGCAAGAGGAAAUGGAUCAGCUUCUCAGUGAAAGAAAAAGGAAGGAUGAUGAAAACAUCAAGCUGAACACCAAAGUCAAGCAGCUGGAGGAGGAUCGGAUCAAGCUCCAGAGGACCGUCAACGUCCAGCAGACCAAGACGGACAAGCUCAAAGCUUCCGAAAACGAGGCCGCCGUCAAAUGCGACAGCCUUCAGCUGCAAGUGUCCGCUUUGCAAAAGGAAAUGGAAAAGCUGAAUAAAUCCAGCAAGCAAGGAGCAGCCGCACACAACACUGUGGAGCUUCGUCUCACCAGAGCUCUGGAUGAGGUGGAACGCUUAAAGUCGGAACUCAACAAAAGCAAACAGAUGAACAGGGACAAGACCAACGAGGAACAGCAGACUCGGGAAAAUCUACUGGCGGAAAAUAAACUGCUGAAAAAGCAGAAAGGGGAACUGGUCGUGGGUUUGAAGAAGCAGCUCAAGCUGAUCGACGUUCUUAAAAGACAAAAGGUGCCCUUCUCUCCUCGAACUGGAAAACGGUCGCUGGGCGGUAAUGUGGAAUUGUGUUUUUUGUGCAGAUGCAUCUUGAAGCUGCCAAACUGCUAUCUUUCACAGAGGAAGAGUUCAUCAAGGCCCUCGACUGGGGCAAAACAUAAAAGACUUCAUAUUAGUUCCAUACUGACUUAGUAAAGUCGUGGGACAUCGCAAAUGUAUGUACUGUAUUUUACCUCCUUUCGCUAAACAUUCAUUUUGGGAAAUAGUGAAUGAUACUGACAAAAAAAAAAAAAAAAAAAGGACUUCACAUUAAAACCAUUGCUGUGGACCCACCCUUCAAGUCUUAUUUGUGUUUUUCCAUGACUGACAUAAUUAAUUCACCGAUUA